UGCAAGGAUUGAGAUAGAUAGACGAAAAUUUGUAAAUACCAUUAUUUGUGCAUGUGAGAAAAACAUUAAAAAAUAUGAACAACAUAUUAAAAGCUCAUUUAAAUCGGCGACAUACAACUGGUUGUGUUCCCGUUAGAGCGAAAAUGUACGUCUUGCGCGUCAAUGGGAAAAAAGAUACUAAGAAGGCAAAGGGCGUCAAGAGCAAUGUUGUAGCAAGAUCCAUAACGUUCAAUGAUUAUACACUCAAUGACACAAUUGAAAUGACGCGCAGGCAGUCGUGCAUAAGAUCGAAAUUGCACGAAGUAUAUACCAUAUCCGAAACGAAAAUCGCUUUAAGCCAUACGACGAUAAGCGGUACAUUGUUCCAGCGGUACAUUCUACCGACACGCUGCCAUGGGGAUAUUAUUAGGUGUUGGAAUUAAU